AUGAAAACAGCAAAGCCUUGGUCGAAAACAACUGAACCAUUAUCUUAUGAUCAAAUUUAUAGAUAUUUUGAACAGGCUCUGGAAGAAUGUUUAGAAUCCAUAAAUGAAUUUGAAAAUGAUUAUUAUCAAGGAAUAACAUCAUCCUUAACUCAUGCACCUAAAAUUCAAUCAUCGAAACGAUCUGUAUCUGUCAAUGCGCUUAUUGCAUGGUCUCGUCCAUUGAAUGAAUUACGAAAUGCACGUUCGCUACACGAUAUUCGCAAUGGCAAGACAAUACGAGAUCUACUUUCUGAAGCACGAGCAGGUACAUUAGUUGAAUCUAUAUCGGAAGAUAGUUGUCAUUUAAUGCAGCAAAUUCUUGAUAAAACAAAUGAACAUCUUUAUUCAAAAAUACCAGUAUUAACAAAUAAAAUAGCCGAUUGUAUGAAUUUAAUGCAGCAAUAUUUUCUAUCAUUUUAUGAUAUUGAAAAUAUUCAAGAUAUUAUACAGAAAAAGAAGAAAGAAAAAUUGCCCGAUCAAUAUGUUGAAACAGCAUAUAUAUAUGAAAAAUCUCGUUGGUUACAUAUAUUUCAUGUAAAUAAAUCUUUGAAAAUUUUACGAGAAAUGCAACAACGUGUAGAAGAUUCAAAAGGCAUCGUACUAUCCAGUCUAUCGAGAGAAUGUCAAGAAUUAGCUGUUCGCUGUGAUUGCACAUCACUUUCAUAUGUUUUUGCAUUGCCCGAAACUUAUAUCGAGGCUCGUCGAGCUGUCGUUGGUCUUCAAACUUGGUUACUUGAAGAUAAAAAAUAUACAUCAUUUAUUCAAACAUCGUUGAAAGUACUUGACGAAAAAUAUGCUGAAGCGAAAAAGAUGUUCGAAAUCGGCAAAGCCCAUCUAAGUCAAGCUGAAUACCGAACGGAUUCGUUUCGAAUACAGCUCAGUAAAGUUGAACAAGAAAAUGAAACAAAUGAAAAGAAACUCGAUGAACUUGAAGCACGUUUAGAGACUAAAGAACGUGAUUAUCUAUCUAAACGUUUAACAUGUGAAGUAUACGAAGAUCAACUUAAAAAGAUGCUUAAAGAAGCCGACAAUAGAGAAGAUACACUCAAUAAUCAUUUAUCAAUUGAAAGAUUUCAACAAGAAAUACGACAAUUUUCAAAAGAAUUACCAAAAUUAAAAGCACAAAUGGAUGCUUUACAAGGACGUCUCGAAUUUUUCAAACAACGUAAACAAGAAUUAUUGGCAUUGCGAGUUGAAUGUAAAAAAAUUGAACAUGAUCUACAGCUCGCAUUGGAAGAUAAAAUUCUCAAAGAAAAUGAGCUCAAUCGUGUGAUUAGCUGUCGUCAGACUAUACGAAAUAUAUACAAAUGUCGCGCAACGAAUGAUUUACCACAAAAAAUUUUCUAUUCUUUACCUGUCAAAUCUAAAUUACCAGGUGAAAGUUCUAAUGACGAUCUUUCCAAAGCAAUACGGAUUGUAGCAAAAUAUAUUGGGCGCGAUUGGAGUCGACUAUAUUGGAAUUUACCGUUUUAUCCUAUGCGUGGCAAAGAAGAAGUCUCAAAAGAUAUUAAUUCUAUUGAUGAUAAAUAUCACCGUGGCGAUGUGUUUCGUGAUCAAGCAGUGGAUUCAUUAGGCAAAUGGCGACGUUUUCAUACGCGUGCAAAGCUCGACGAUUUAAUGCAAGCUCUUCGAAGUAUAAAUCGUCUAGAUAUUUUACAAAUAAUUGAUCGACGAAUAGUCAAGCCAAAACAGUCAAUGAAUGAUAAUCAGGAAGAAAUAGAUCCACGAAAGAAAGAAAUCGAAGAUCUAAAUCGAAAAUUGAACCGUUUGUUUGAGAAAAUACACACAGGCGUUAUAACAGUACAUGACACGUAUGUCUAUUCAAAGAUUGGUCUUGAUCCGUUGCAACCGGUUAGGAAACACCGACCAUUGGUCAUGCACUGA